AUGGUUUUAUAUAUAUAUUUUAUCAAAAAUAUUAAUAAUCUUAAUAUAUUUAGUUAUAGUAGAAAGUUAUUAUAUACAAAUGAUUUUAAAAAUUCAAUUUUUUUAAAGAAAUCUUUAGAAAGAUAUUAUUAUACAACUUUGAAAAUUAUUAAUUUUCAUUUGAUUUAUUGUAGAAAUUAUAAUUGUUUUAAUAGUGAUAUUUAUAAUACAAAUGAAAUUAGUAAUAACUUUUAUAAAAAAAAAAAUAUAAAUAGAAAAAAUACUUUUAUAAAUAUUUAUAAUAAGAAAUAUUAUAAUAAUUUAUCUCAAGAUAAUAUUUUAGAAAAUAAUAACAAUGAUAAAGAUAUUUAUAAUGAUGAUAAUUUAAGUAAUAAAAAUCAUUUUAAUAAUGAACAUAAAAAGGAAAAUUACGAGAAGGAAAAUGGAGGUAAUAAUUAUAUAGACGAGAGUAUAUAUAGUAUAAACAACAAGAUAUUAAAUAGACAUGAAAAAAUAGAUAUAAAUUUAUUAAACAUUGAUGACGAGAUUGUUAAUAACUUAAAAUUUAUUUUAAAAAUAGAUAAACUAUAUAUGUAUCAGUAUAUAAUUUACAAUGAAAUUCUGAAAAAUUCAAAACACUUACUUAUAUAUAAUAAAACAGGAACAGGAAAAACAUUAAGCUAUUUACUACCAUUAAUACAAAAUUUAAUAAAUGAAAAAUUUGAUUGUAAUAAAAAGGUCUUAAUAUUAACGCAAAAUAUUUAUUUAUGCAAGCAACUAUAUAUUUAUAUUUUAUCAAUAUACCCUAAUUUAAAUGUAUGCAUUUUAUUUGACGAAAAUGAUGGUUAUGAGAAAAUUAAAAAAAGUAAGUAUGACAUAUUUAGUAAAGAACUUUCAUUGAAUAAAAGAGAAAAUGAAGACUUAUAUAAAGAAAAUUACGGAAUACAUUUUUAUUUAUCUACUCCUAAUAAACUUGAAUUAUAUAUAAAAAAUUAUAAAAACAAAAAAAAAAAUGAAAAAAACGUAAUGAACAAUAUCUUAAAUUAUGUAAAUACAAUAGUUGUUGAUGAGUUUGAUUAUAUAAUCGAAAAUAGAAAAUUUAUUUUCAAUUUUUUAUUUAGUAAAAAUGUAAUAAGUGAUUUAGACAAUAAAAGAAAAAACAAGAAUGAUUUUAACUAUGAACAUUUUAAUUAUGAAGAAUACAAUAUUUAUUUAUUUACGGCAAAUAUGAAUGAUUCAAUAAAAAAAAAAAUAAAUGAAUACUUGAAUGGUUUUAUAUUUUUUGAUUUCAUUAAUGGUAUUAAAGAGAAAAUUCAAAAGAAAAUAGAUGAUGAAAGAUCAAAAUUCUUUAAAAAUUUAGAUAAUGUAAUUCAAAUACUAAGCAAAGAAAAUAAGAGUUCUAGCUUAUGUAAUUUAAAUAUUUCCCACUUUAUAUGCAAAAUAAAUACUCCUUCUAAAUACAAAUAUGUAUCAUAUUUUUUAAAUGAAUUUUUUUUUUUGAAGAACAAAAAAAAUUUACUAAAUAGAAACCUUCAAAAUAUUCCAAAAGAAAAUUUGGUAUUAAAUAAUAAUAAUAAUAAAGAGCAAACAUUUAGUAGCAAUGAUAUAAUUAUUGAUCAUAUAGAUAUUAAAAAUUGUGAACAUUCUGAGAAUGAAGAUAAAAUCAAUAAAUGCAUAAUUUUUGCAAAUUCAAAAGAUGAAGUGGAGAAGUUGUAUGAAAAUUCUUUUCUAAAACCGCACUCAGUAAUGUUACAUUCAGAAUUAUUAACAGUACAAAAAGAUGAAAAUAUAAAUUUAUUUAAAUUGGGGAAAAAAACUAUUCUUAUUACUACAGACAUAGUAAGUAGAGGACUAGAUAUUGAAAAUGUUAUUUUUAUUUUAAAUUAUUCUCCUCCUACAUCUCCUAAUGAUUAUAUUCAUAGAUCAGGAAGAACAGGAAGAGCUAAAGAAAGAGGAACAUGUUUAACUAUUUACCAUAAAUAUGAAUAUAAGAAUUUAGAAAAAAUAAUAAAAUAUACAAGAAAUAAAUUUCAGGUUAUAUUAUGUCCACAUGUAGAUGAAGUAUAUAAAUUUUCCGUAGACAAAUUAACAGAAAUUAUAAUGAAAGUACCACAAGAAAAAUAUGAAUUUUUAAAUGAAAAAGCAAAAGAAUUAUUAAAAAAUCAUAAUACAAAAAUAAUUGCUCAAAUUUUAUCUAUUUUAUUAAAAUUAGAUAAAAAAAAAGACUUUUCUAUAUUAUCAGGGAAAAAAAAUUAUGUUGCUGUUUUCAUAAAAGAUCCAUUUUUUGAGGUUAUAAAAAAUAAAGAUGAUAUUAUUAAUUUAAUGAAAGUUACAACAGGAGAUAAAAAUAUAUCAAAUAUUAUUGGAGAAAUAGCAAAGUGUGAUGAAGGCUAUAUUGUGGAUAUUUCAAGUUCACAUGUGAAUAAAAUUAUAAAUUUAUUUAAUAGCUCAAACUAUGAGUAUAAGAGUAAAGGAGUAGAAAUAAAUACUAUAAUAGAAUUACCUCCAAUUAUUAAGGAAAAAAAAAAUAUAUUGAGAAAAAAAAGAAAAAUACCAUGGAUAAAAUAUAAAUUGCAAAAAAAAAAAAUUAUAAUUUUAGGUAGAAAAACAGAAAAGUAUAAAAGAAAGCAAAGUGAUGAAAUAAUAAAAGACAUAAAUAAGAAUAUUUCACACUUUUAUACGUGA